GACGUACAGGCUCCAUUGCCCGGACUAAGGGAAAGAGUUCAUACGAACCAUAUUGAUUUACUGAGCGUGAGACAUGGCAGUUCUCUGUCUCCAGCUUUCUUUCGCAAUUUUUACUUUAACUACAGUUGUUGGUGGAUAUAGAAGUAAGAAUGAACAAUAUUUUACUGUUGGUCGGGAAAUUGAGGAUGCAAAGUCAUACGAUUUCAUACGAGAUGAACGCUCCAGAUACGGCUAUUAUGAUGAAUAUGAAAGUCUAAUCGCUGAGGCUAAAAGGUCCAGAUACGUUGAUGAAGCGGAAGCUCUCAUAGCUGCGGAUGAAGACGAAAUUGAAGAGCUUUCUUGUUUAGAAAACCCGUGUAGGUACGGGGGAACAUGCGUCGUCACUUCCUGUGGCAGUUACGAGUGCAAAUGCCGGCCGGGUUUCUCAGGAAAGCAUUGUGACUGCGUUGUCAAAGAGUGUGAUUUUGACAAAAAUCCGUGUCGCCACAAUGCAACCUGUAUUGACAUGGGUUCAGACUAUAUCUGCAAAUGUCCUUCGGGUAUCAAAGGAAGACAUUGUGAGAUUGACAUCGAUGAAUGUGAUGCCUUGGCGUGUUCCAACGAAGCUACUUGCAUCAACACUGUCGGAAGUUACAUGUGCAAGUGUAGACCUGGAUUUAAAGGAAAGACGUGCUGUUCAGAUAUCAACGAAUGUGAGUCGUCAGACGGCGAUCCUUGUGAAAACGGGGGAACUUGUGAGAACACUUAUGGCAGCUUUUGGUGUGCAUGUCCCAGUGGGUUUGUUGGAAAACGUUGCGAACGCGAUCGUAAUGAAUGUGUUAAUUGGCCAUGUGAGAAUGGUGGAAAGUGUAUCAAUACCAGAGGAAGCUAUGAGUGCUCUUGCCCAGAAACUUAUCAGGGAGAGCAUUGCGAGCGAGAUGUAGAUGAGUGUCUCACAAACAACCCUUGCAAGAAUGGAGCAACAUGUACCAAUUUACCCGGAGACUACAAGUGUGAUUGUCCAAAGGGAUGGGAAGGGAAAAAUUGCGACCAAGAUGUUAACGAAUGUACUUCCACUCCAUGUAAAAAUGGCGGUACAUGCGUCAACCUACACGGCAGCUUCGAAUGUCUCUGUACAUACCGACAUUCUGGUGUUCUCUGCGAACAAGCAUGCAAUGCAGCCCUCGGCAUGGAGAGCGGCGCCAUCCUGGGUGAACAGAUCAUUGCUUCUUCAGAAUAUGAUGGAAAUCAUGCUGCUAAGCAAGGCAGGUUGAACUUCCAAGCGGUCCCAGGUAAAGCAGGAAGUUGGUCAGCCCGCACAAAUGACGCCAAUCAAUGGAUACAAGUAAAACUUCCCAGCAACACAAAAAUAUCUCGUUUUUCGACGCAAGGAAGAAAUGCAUACAAUCAGUGGGUUACAAAAUACCAGCUAAUGUACAGUGAAGAUGGACUCAACUUCCAUUAUUAUCAUGAGCGAGGGCAGAGCUCACCUAAGGAAUUUCAAGGCAACAGUGACAGUGAAACUAUUGUAUAUCACGAGUUGAACCCGCCUAUUGAAGCACGCUAUGUUAGACUUCGUCCUACAGCCUGGCACAACCACAUAUCCUUGCGAAUGGAACUGUACGGAUGCGAAGUUUGUGUUCAAGCACUUGGAAUGGAGAGCGGGGAUAUCGUGGAUGCCCAGAUCACUGCUUCUUCAGAAUUUGAUGGAAAUCAUGCUGCUAAGCAGGGGAGAUUGAACUUCCAAGCCGUCCCAGGUAAAGCAGGAAGCUGGUCAUCUCGCACAAACGACGUCAAUCAAUGGAUACAAAUAAAACUUCCCGGAUACACAAAGAUAACCCGGUUUGCGACGCAGGGAAGAAAUGCAUUCAAUCAGUGGGUAACGCAAUACAAGUUAGAGUACAGCGAGGACGGUGUAACUUUUCACUAUUACCAUGAACCAGGCCAGAGUGCACCUAAGAUAUUUCAUGGAAACACGGAUAGUAACACUAUUGUGACCCAUGAAUUGCUUCCUCCCAUCCAAGCACUGUACAUCAGGCUUCGUCCUACUGCUUGGUUCAAUCAUAUAUCGAUGAGGAUGGAGAUCUACGGAUGUCCAGCAUGCACAAAACCACUUGGUAUGGAGAGCGGCGCCAUCUUGGAUGCACAGAUUACUGCUUCUUCAGAAUUUAAUGGAAAUCAUGCUGCUACGCAAGGCAGGUUGAACUUCCUAGCGGUCCCAGGUAAAGCAGGAAGCUGGUCAGCUCGCACAAACGACGUCAAUCAAUGGAUACAAAUAAGGUUUCCCGGAUACACAAAGAUAACUCAGUUCGCCACACAGGGAAGAAAUGCAUUCAAUCAGUGGGUAACGCAGUACAAGUUAGAGUACAGCGAGGAUGGUGUGACUUUUCAUUAUUACCAUGAACCGGGCCAGAGUGCACCUAAGGAAUUUGUUGGUAAUACAGACAGUAACACCAUUGUGACCCAUGAGUUGUUUCCUCCCAUCCAAGCACACUAUAUAAGGCUUCGUCCUUCUACGUGGGUUAAUCAUAUAUCAUUGAGAAUGGAAGUCUACGGAUGUCGAGCAUGCGUCCAAGCACUUGGUAUGGAAAACGGUGACAUCAAAGAUGCUCAGAUAACCGCUUCUUCAGAAUUUGAUGGAAAUCAUGCUGCUAAGCAAGGCAGGUUGAACUUCCUAGCCGUCCCAGGUAAAGCAGGAAGCUGGUCAGCUCGCACAAAUGACGUCAAUCAAUGGAUACAAGUUAAACUUCCCGGAUACACAAAGAUAACCAGGUUUGCAACGCAAGGAAGAAAUGCAUUCAAUCAGUGGGUAAAGCAGUACAAGUUAGAGUACAGCGAGGACGGUGUGUCUUUUCAUUAUUACCAUGAACCAGGCCAGAGUGCAGCUAAGAUAUUUCAUGGAAAUACGGAUAGUAACACUAUUGUGACCCAUGAAUUGCUUCCUCCCAUCCAAGCACUUUACAUCCGGCUUCGUCCUACUGCUUGGUUCAAUCAUAUAUCAAUGAGGAUGGAGAUCUACGGAUGUCCAGCAUGCACAAAACCACUUGGUAUGGAGAGCGGUGCCAUCUUGGAUGCACAGAUUACUGCAUCUUCAGAAUUUAAUGGAAAUCAUGCUGCUACGCAAGGCAGGUUGAACUUCCUAGCGGUCCCAGGUAAAGCAGGAAGCUGGUCAGCUCGCACAAAUGACGUCAAUCAAUGGAUACAAGUAAAACUUCCCGGAUACACAAGGAUAACCAGGUUUGCGACACAAGGAAGAAAUGCAUUUAACCAGUGGGUAACGCAGUACAAGUUGGAGUACAGCGAGGACGGUGUGACGUUUCAUUAUUACCAUGAACCAGGCCAGAGUGUAGCUAAGAUAUUUCAUGGAAACACGGAUAGUAACACUAUUGUGACCCAUGAAUUACUUCCUCCCAUUCAAUCACUUUACAUCAGGGUUCGUCCUACUGCUUGGUUCAAUCAUGUAUCAAUGAGGAUGGAGAUCUACGGAUGUCCAGCAUGCACUAAACCACUUGGUAUGGAGAGCGGCGCCAUCUUGGAUGCACAGAUUACUGCAUCUUCAGAAUUUGAUGGAAAUCAUGCUGCUACGCAAGGCAGGUUGAACUUUCUAGCGGUCCCAGGUAAAGCAGGAAGCUGGUCAGCUCGCACAAAUGACGUCAAUCAAUGGAUACAAGUAAAACUUCCCGGAUACACAAGGAUAACCAGGUUUGCGACACAAGGAAGAAAUGCAUUCAACCAGUGGGUAACUCAGUACAAGUUAGAGUACAGCGAGGACGGUGUGACUUUUCAUUAUUACCAUGAACCAGGCCAGAGUGCAGCUAAGAUCUUUCAUGGAAACACGGAUAGUAACACUAUUGUGACCCAUGAAUUGCUUCCUCCCAUCCAAGCACUGUACAUCAGGCUUCGUCCUACUUUUUGGUUCAAUCAUAUAUCAAUGAGGAUGGAGAUCUACGGAUGUCCAACAUGCGCUAAAUCACUUGGUAUGGAGAACGGCGCCAUCUUGGAUGCACAAAUCACUGCAUCCUCAGAAUUUGAUGGAAAUCAUGCUGCUACGCAAGGCAGGUUGAACUUCCUAGCCGUCCCAGGUAAAGCAGGAAGCUGGUCAUCUCGCACAAACGACGUCAACCAAUGGAUACAAGUAAAACUUCUAAGAUACACAAAGAUAACCCGGUUUGCGACGCAAGGAAGAAAUGCAUUCAACCAGUGGGUAACGCAGUACAAGUUAGAGUACAGCGAGGACGGUGUGACGUUUCAUUAUUACCAUGAACCAGGCCAGAGUGUAGCUAAGAUAUUUCAUGGAAAUACGGAUAGUAACACUAUUGUGACCCAUGAAUUGCUUCCUCCCAUCCAAGCACUGUACAUCAGGCUUCGUCCUACUGCUUGGUUCAGUCAUAUAUCGAUGAGGAUGGAGAUCUACGGAUGUCCAGCAUGCGCUAAACCACUUGGUAUGGAGAGUGGCGCCAUCUUGGAUGCACAGAUUACUGCAUCCUCAGAAUUUAAUGGAAAUCAUGCUGCUAAGCAAGGCAGGUUGAACUUCCUAGCGGUCCCAGGUAAAGCAGGAAGCUGGUCAGCUCGCACAAAUGACGCCAGUCAAUGGAUACAAGUAAAGCUUCCCGGAUACACAAAGAUAACUCAGUUCGCCACACAGGGAAGAAAUGCAUUCAACCAGUGGGUAACGAAGUACAAGAUAGAGUACAGCGAGGACGGUGUGACGUUUCAUUAUUACCAUGAACCAGGCCAGAGUGCAGCUAAGUUAUUUCAUGGAAACACGGAUAGUAACACUAUCGUGACCCAUGAAUUGCUUCCUCCCAUCCAAGCACUGUACAUCAGGCUUCGUCCUACUGCUUGGUUCAAUCAUAUAUCAAUGAGGAUGGAGAUCUACGGAUGUCCAGCAUGCGCUAAAUCACUUGGUAUGGAGAGUGGCGCCAUCUUGGAUGCACAGAUUACUGCAUCCUCAGAAUUUGAUGGAAAUCAUGCUGCUACGCAAGGCAGGUUGAACUUCCUAGCCGUCCCAGGUAAAGCAGGAAGCUGGUCAGCUCGCACAAAUGACGCCAGUCAAUGGAUACAAGUAAAACUUCCCGGAUACACAAAGAUAACUCAGUUCGCCACACAGGGAAGAAAUGCAUUCAACCAGUGGGUAAAGAAGUACAAGAUAGAGUACAGCGAGGACGGUGUGACGUUUCAUUAUUACCAUGAAGCAGGCCAGAGCGCAGCUAAGAUAUUUCGUGGAAACACGGAUAGUAACACUAUUGUGACCCAUGAAUUGCUUCCUCCCAUCCAAGCACUGUACAUCAGGCUUCGUCCUACUGCUUGGUUCAAUCAUAUAUCAAUGAGGAUGGAGAUCUACGGAUGUCCAGCAUGCGCUAAACCACUUGGUAUGGAGAGUGGCGCCAUCUUGGAUGCACAGAUUACUGCAUCCUCAGAAUUUAAUGGAAAUCAUGCUGCUAAGCAAGGCAGGUUAAAUUUCCUAGCGGUCCCAGGUAAAGCAGGAAGCUGGUCUGCUCGCACAAAUGACGUCAAUCAAUGGAUACAAGUAAAACUUCCCGGAUACACAAAGAUAACUCAGUUCGCCACACAGGGAAGAAAUGCAUUCAACCAGUGGGUAACGAAGUACAAGUUAGAGUACAGCGAGGACGGUGUGACGUUUCAUUAUUACCAUGAACCAGGCCAGAGUGUAGCUAAGAUAUUUCAUGGAAACACGGAUAGUAACACUAUUGUGACCCAUGAAUUGCUUCCUCACAUCCAAGUACUCUACAUUAGGCUUCGCCCUACUGCUUGGUUCAAUCAUAUAUCAGUGAGAAUGGAGCUCUACGGUUGUGAAGCUUAAAAGCUCUUCAUUUGGACGCUGACACAGACAAUCUGCUCUGACAGCAGCCCCGUACUUGUCACCAUAUUUUUAUGUAUUAAUUUCUACUCGCAUCGAUGGCAAUGUUAUUUCAUGGCAGCAAUACAGUUUCUUAAUAAAAUGAUGCUUUACCCCAGCAUCUCAUUUUUCACA